GAGUGGAAAAAGCCCUGGGCAGGAACUAUUUCUCAGAGUUGGAGAUCCACUGUUCUUAAGAUGCAGAUCCAAAUAUAGUACUUCUCAGUUUGGAAAUAAGUGGCAUUUUGGAAACAAGCAAUUAAAAAAGAGUAUGACGCUAGAAGGAAGAUUGCUAUUGAGUUCAUCUUGGGUUAAGACUCUGUAUGCAUUUAUGUCACACGUGGAACAACAUAAUGAUGGUAAUUAUACUUGUUCUUCUGAAGAAAUUGCUGCCAAGAAAACUGCUAUAGUUAGAAUUUUAGAUAAAGGGUUUAUCAAUAUAACCAAUGCAAAGGAAGAUUUUGAAGUUGGCAUAGACGAAGAUACCUGCCUUGAAGUUAAACUUAAAGCCUAUCCACCAAUCAGAUGCAUUUGGAUAUUUUCCCAGAUGUCAUUUCCAUGUCAGCAAACUUACACAGACACUUACAG